AAUCAGACGCGGCACAGAACACACCUCACACGCAGAAUGGCGGCAACAUUUAGGCUGCGAACCCAGCUGCAACUCAUGACUGGUUUCAUGGCGGGAUUCAUCUUUGCCUUUGCGCUGCUCCUGUAUGUCUACGAUGUGAAUCGAGCCACGCCCUGGUGCACCAGCUCCGCCACAAUGGCAACGGCAACGGCAACGGCAACAACCACUCCACUGGACACAAGGAUUCUCUGCAUGGUGCUCACCUGUCCAGAGAAUGUGCAGAGCUUGGCGCGGCAUGUGCAUGCCACUUGGGGCAAGCGUUGCAGCCGCCUGGUGUUCGUCAGCAGUGAGAGCUACGAGCCGCUGGGUGUGGUCCAGGUUGUAGAUGCCAGCGGCGGCGGCUACGAGGAUCUGUGGAACAAGACACGCGAGGGUUUCCGCCAUGUCUGGCAGGAGUACGGCCAGGACUAUGAUUGGUAUCUAAAGGCAGACGAUGAUACCUAUGUCAUCAUGGAGAACAUGCAGUACCUGCUCUCCGCCUAUGAUCCCACCUCGCCCGUUUAUUUGGGUUACAAGAUGACUCGCUAUAAUGUGAGCUACAUGUCUGGCGGCGCCUCCUAUGUCCUGAGCCGCGAAGCUCUUCAUCGUUUUAUGGCCCAAGCGUAUGACUCUGAGGUGGUUUGUCCCCAGCCCAAGCGGAGAUCAAUUGAGGACUUCUAUAUGGGCAUUUGCCUGCAGAAUGUGGGCGUUCAUUUGGUGGACUCGGCACAGGCGCUGGAGGAGGACACCAAGCACAAAUUCAUGCCAUUGGAUCUGGAGAGCUAUAUGUACGACUCGAACGCUACCACGCCGGAUUGGUUGCGGCUGAUGAGUGUGUCCGAGGUCGAAACUGGCUUCAAUUGCUGCUCCAAUUAUUCAGUGGCCUUUCAUUAUGCCAGCCCCGAACGGAUGUAUCUCUAUGAGUUUUUGCUUUAUCAUCUGCGAGUCUUUGGACGCCCCGAACCCUCAGAGCAUGGCAAUAGGCAACAUUUCACCUCAUCAGAUUUGAUGAGGAGAUUUCCACUGGAGGAUAACUUAUACAUAAAAGACUUGCAAAAAAUGCCAGAGAAGCCAGAGAAUUUUUAAGUUUUACCUAUCGUUAAGACUCUCAUCUUUUUCAUGUGAUUUUAUUA